AUGGCGUUCCUCGGCGUGUACCGCGCCAUCUACGAUUAUGCGCCCCAGGCCGAGGGCGAAUUGACCCUGACUGAGGGAGACUUGCUNUUUGUUUUAGACAACGAUUCCGACGAUGACUGGUGGAAAGCGAAGAAGAAGGCCAUGUCUGACGAAGAGGACGAGCCAGAGGGCUUGAUCCCGAGCAACUACAUCGAACAAGCGCAUCCUCUAUACCAAGCGAAAGCCCUGUACGACUACACCAAGCAGACGGACGAAGAACUUUCGUUCCCCGAGGAAGCUCGUUUGGAUGUCUACGACACUUCGGAUGACGACUGGACGCUCGUCGGCCUGGACGGUCAAUACGGCUUCGCUCCUGCUAUUUACAUCGAGAAGGCUUCAGCCGCUACUGCCUCGUCUGUCGCUCCCGCUGCGCCCGUUAUGCCUGCGCGACCACAAGUUGCCGAGCCUGAGCCUGAAGAGGCCGAAUGGAACGAGUCCCCGCCAGAGAGCCCGGUGCAGAACCCUGCGGCUGCUCUCGCAGGCAUAAUUGCGCAAAAGACUGGUCAAUCACAAACCCAGGCACGUUCAUACCAAGCACCCAUGGAUCGUGGUCUGGCUUCUCCGCCCCUACCUUCGCGACCUCAGUACACCCCCGACGAAUCCGAAGAUGAACCAGCUCCUAGCAUGCCUCCACGACCAAUCUCGGCCGUCUCGCGCGAACCCGUUCGCUCGCCCAUGUACUCCCCGGUCGAGCGCGAGCCCCAGGGUGUCAAUACAUCACUUCCAUACAACAGAGCGAUGGCUAUCGAGGAUGAGGAGGCUGCUCUCAGAUCACCUGGCGGCUUCCGUCUAUACAACAUCUCUGAAGUCGUUUCACAUAUGGGAAAAAACAAGAAGAUGCCUAUCACUCUGGGCAUCAACCUCGCAAAGGGGUUGGUAUCGCUCUCCNNCCCUGCUAAGGCACGGGAUGGUCCGUCUCAAGAGUGGUCGGCCGAUCGACUGUCCAACUACUCAAUUGAAGGCAAGCAUGUCUUUAUAGAUCUGGUCCGCCCUAGCAAGAGCGUUGAUCUUCAUGCUGGCGCAAAGGACACUGCUCAGGAGAUUAUUGGCAUUCUGAGCGAACUGGCUGGUGCCUCAAAGGCCGAAGGCCUCCGUGAGGUUUGGGCAGCUAGCUCUGGCACUGGCGCUGGCGGNAAAAAGAAGGGCACAAUGCUUUAUGACUUCAUGGCCCAAGGAGAGGACGAGGUCACUGUGGCCAUUGGCGACGAGGUGGUCAUCUUGGAUGACACCAAGAGCGAAGAAUGGUGGAUGGUCAAACGCCUCAAGAAUGGAAAGGAAGGAGUUGUUCCCAGCAGCUAUGUUGAGAUUACUGGGACUUUGCCCGAACCGUCCUCGGCAUAUACUGGUCUCAACGCUGCUCGUUCUACUGUCGAACAGAACAGACUUGAAGAACAGCGCCUUACGAGGGAAGUAGCUAGAUCUUCAACAAUACGUGACACCGAUGACGGAAGCAGACCUGAGCGUCACAGCAGUCUGGCCAAAGAGGACCACCGCAAGAGCAGGCAUAGUAAGAGCGACAAGAGCGAUAAGCCGAGUAAGUCUUUUGAGUUUGCCGAUAUGCAUUCAAAUCUGACAUCAUACAGANNGCCAAAUGCAGCAAGAGUACGCACCUGGACAGACAGAACUGGCUCUUUCAAGGUCGAAGCCGAGUUUAUCGGCUUGAAGGAUGGCAAGAUUCACCUUCACAAACAAAACGGUGUCAAGAUCGCCGUCCCUGUCAACAAGAUGGCCAUCGAAGACCUGGAAUAUGUGGAGGGAGCGACUGGUGUCUCUCUCGAUGAAGACAAGCCACUCUCUGAAAUCAAACGCAGAAGCACUGAAAAGAGAAAGGAACGCCCAGAACGACUACAGCAAUCCGGCACCGCAGGUGCUGUUGUCGAACAGAAACCCGAUUACGAUUGGUUCGACUUCUUCCUUGGUGCUGGCGUCAACCCACAAAUUUGCGAGCGUUAUGCUGCUGCUUUCAGUCGUGAUCAGAUGGGCGAAGAGAUUCUACCUGAUGUCGAUACCCAAUUGCUGCGUACACUCGGCCUGAAGGAAGGUGAUAUUCUUCGUGUGAUGAAGUAUCUGGACAACAAAUUUGGCCGCACAGGACAGAAGAAGAACGUAAGCUUCGGUGAAGACGAUACUGAUGGUGCAGCCAACGGUGAGGGCGGUCUUUUCUCUGGGCCUGGCGGCGCUUUGAGGAACAACACGCGCAAGGGACGACCUGCUCCUGCCGUUCAGACAAACGAUGUCGUUGAUGCCGAUGCAUUCAAGCAGAAAGACGAGAUAACCAAGGUCCAGACUCCUCUUGCUUCCGCCCCUGCGAGACCUGCUGCUUCUGCUGGUUUCGAUGACGAUGCGUGGGAUGUCAAGCCGUCGAAGACUGCACCAGCUGCUGGAACUCCGGCUCCCGCACCAGCGCCUGCAAAGGCUCCAUCGCCGCCACCAGCUCCUGCUGCUUCCGAACCCCCAAAGCUCACUCAGAACAUGUCAGACCUUUCUUUGCUCUCUCCUGCAUUGCAGCCAACACCCGCGCCUCAGCCUACGCCUCAAGCUCCUCCUGCGCCUCCACAGCAGCCAGCAAGGACCGGCGCUGAUCCUUCAUUCUUUGACAAGCUCGCCGCUCCAUCUCCUCUGCAGUCACAAGUGACAGGCAUGAGACAGCGUCCUGCAGCUCCUAACCAAAUGCAGACAGGAAACUCGAUGAUUGCACCACCUCCCCAACGUGCAGCUUCGGCUCCUGGUCUGCCUCAGCAAGGUUUUGCUCCACCCGCCCUGCAACCUCAAAUGACUGGCUACCAGGCACCUCCUGGCCAGAGCUUACAGAGUAUGCAACAACAGCAGCAGUUCCAGCAACAACAGAUGACUGGAUUCCCUCAGCAACCUGGUUACCAAGGUCUUAUGCCUCAGGCGACUGGUUUCAUGCAGCCGCCUCAGCAGGGCGGCUUCCCAGCACAGUACCAGAUGCCGCAGCCCACAGGUUAUGGCCAGCAACAACCCUACCUUAACGGCCAAGCGACAGGCUCACCCUUCGCCGACCCUACUCCUCGACCUAUUUUCCAGUCCCAGCCUACCGGUAUGGCUCAAUCUUACACCAUGCAACCUCAGCAAACAGGCUUCGGAAUGCCUCCACCCAUGCAGCCUCAACAGACCGGCCUUCCACCAGCUCUUCAGCCCCAACGCACAGGCUUCACCCCUCAAAGCCAAUUCGGUCAGAACUACGCUCAGCAGCAGCAAAAUGGAUUCGGCGGAUAUGGACAGCAGCAGGCCCCGCCCAUGCCUCCCAUGCCUGCCCAACCCACCGGCCUGCAACCUCUUGUGCCGCAAAAGACCGGNCCCUCCCCACCAGUCCGCUUUGGAGUCCAGCCUGCUGCCAGACUCACGCCGCAGCCGACGGGUAGGGCCAACCUGUCAAAGGCAACGCCACAGAAUCCCUUUGGCUUUUAG